AUGACCACCCCGGUUUACGUGGUCGGCUGCAUCUCGCUCAUCGUCCAGCUCUGCUAUUCCGACAAGGUCAAGAAGCGUGGUGUUUUCAUCAUCUCCUGCGGUGUCCCGGGCUCGGUCGGCUACCUGAUCUGUGUCGGGAGCUCGAAUCCUGGUGCUGGAUAUGCCGGAAUGUUUGUGCUUGUCCUAGGGCUCUACCCUAUUUCCACACUUGCCGUAAUCUGGAUCACCAAUAACCUCUCGCCCGACUCCAAGCGCGCGGUCGGCAUGCCCUUCGCGUACAGUAUCGCGAACUUGUCCAAUCUCGUGUCGUCGCAGUUGUAUCCCAGCCAGCAAGGACCACGAUACGUACAGGGUAAUGCUGUGUCCGCUGGUCUGACGGUGGUCGCCGGGUUUCUGUAUGAUGCAUGCUGGGUCCUGCUGAGGCGCAGGAACAUGAAGAAGGCGAAGCUGAUCGCCGAGGGUGCAACGAACAAUGGGCUAGAAGGUGAUCAGAGUCUUGAUUCCAUGUAUGUGCUCUAG